CUUGUCACCGACCCUGGAGCCUGUGCCGCUCCUGUGACUCCCCCUGCCUCGGUUGGCCAGCAUCCUGUUCCGGGCGUGGUGUCCCUCACACGCCCGCUGGCUGGCUCGGGUCAGCUCGGCGCACCCUCACUGAGCCUCUUCUUGGUACCAGGCACUGUGCUAAGUUUCGGAGACACAGAAAUGAAAAAUAUAUCUUUUACCUGGGUAAACGAAAUGUGCUGCACACCUGCCUGGCACACUGCCUGGCACAUAGGAGAUACUCACAUGCGAGUUGAAUGAAUGAAUGAGUGCACAUGCCCUGCCUUUGAUGAAUCUAAGAUCUGAUGAGGAGAAGAGACUUGCAGGCGCCCAACUGUGCCAGGUGCUGUGGCAGGGAAGUUUGCCCGGGAGCCCCGGGGGCACAGAGGCACUUCCUGAAACGGUGUGUUCCAGAAGCUUCCUGGAGGAAGUGGUCCUGAAGGGCAGCUUGAAGGACGAGUAGGAUUCAGUCCGGUCAAGGGCACGUGAGGCAGAGGGAAGGGGAGCAAGGGCGACCAGAGGCGGGGAGCCUGGCAUGUGUGUUCAAGAUUGUGCGCGACGCGGAGUUAGUCGCUGGAGCCGAGCACAAGCCAGGGAGGAGUGCGCGACUCUCGGGUGGCCGGAUCUCGGGGGUCUGUGUGUCAGGAUCUUUAUGAAGCUUUGUCCCGAGGCUCACAGGUUGUGAGGAGAAGAAGCCCUGUCAUCUGUGUGAUCCCCACAGGCGACGAAGGCUGCAGAGUGGAGCUGGGUGUAAAAAGACAGGCUGUAUCGUGGAGACCAGAGAGCACGGGGACACGAACCAGGAGCCCGGGGACACGAACCAGGAGCCCGGGGACACGAACCAGGAGCCCGGGGACACACGCCGGGGCAGUGGGAGUGAGGAUGGAGGGGAGGAGGCAGAUCUGAAGACUGCGAACGGUGUAGUCGGUAUGAUUCGGUCAUUGGCUGAUGACGGGCGAUGACAGCGAAGGAGCUGCCUCUCCUUCCUCCCCUGUCUCUGGCCCGAGUCACCCAGUGGAUGGCGGUGCCACAGGCUGAGAUCAGCAAAUCCCGAGGGAGCCAAGGUGAUGCUGACUUCGCUGGUCUGGGGACCACACUUGGAGAACCAUUGUCCUAGGGCAAGCGGGGAGAGAGUCUUCCUUCUGGAACUGAAGCAGGCAGUGUGAAGAUCCAUGUGGAGCUCCUUAACCCGCAGCCUCUCCGACCAUCCAGUUGGCAAAGACCCGCAGGCCAUGAGGACUGGCCAAAGACAGAACAAAGGGAUGAGGACUCGACUGGGAUGCCUGUCUCACAAGUCAGACUCGUGUAGCGAUUUCACAGCUAUUCUUCCCGACAAACCCAACCGCGCUCUCAAGAGACUAUCCACAGAAGAAGCUACGAGGUGGGCAGAUUCCUUUGAUGUGCUUCUCUCCCACAAGUAUGGGGUGGCUGCCUUCCGCGCCUUCCUGAAGACGGAGUUCAGCGAGGAGAACCUGGAGUUCUGGCUGGCCUGUGAGGAGUUCAAGAAGACCAGGUCAACUGCCAAACUGGUCUCCAAGGCCCAUAGGAUCUUUGAGGAGUUUGUGGACGUGCAGGCUCCGCGGGAGGUAAACAUCGACUUUCAGACCCGAGAAGCCACGAGGAAGAACAUGCAGGAGCCAUCCCUGACUUGCUUUGACCAAGCCCAGGGAAAAGUACACAGCCUCAUGGAGAAAGACUCUUACCCCAGGUUCCUGAGGUCCAAAAUGUACUUAGAUUUGCUGUCCCAAAGCCAGAGGAGGCUCAGUUAGACCUCAGAUGGGGACUCAUGGAAAUCACUGGCUUUCCCCUCCCCUUGAUGCCAAGACCAUACUCUAAUGUGAAAUGUCAUAGGUGUUCAAAAGCGGUGGCGUUUGGGGCGGGAGGCUGGGGGUGAGGAGGAAAGGAAGGGCCAUGCCAAAGCAUGACCCAGCUGCUGGAGCUCGGACUCUAUUCCAUGUACCAUGUCUGUGUUUUGGUUAGUGGUAGCACCAUGCUGCUGUUACCCUUCCCUGGGUCAGCAACUUGCCCUUCAUAAUGCCUUGGGUCAUCUCCACCGAGAAGGCAGAUCUGCUGAGCUAGGCUAACCUGUAAAUAAUGCAAAUGCCAUUUGCACACCCUCCACCCCCUCCUCAGUUAGGGUUCCUAACUCUCCACUCGUUCUAUAUGCCUGGGAGGAACAGCUGGAAGACUGGCUCACAUUUGUGAUUUACUGUCACAACAUAAUGGCCACUCACAUGUGCUGGGACCUCACGGCUUAGGAGAGAGGUCUCUGUAGAAUCCCAGGGUUCUGGCACUGUCAUUGACAGGUGACUUUUGGGAGAGGGGUGAACUCCAUGGAGUUGGCUGUUUCUCCCAUUUCCAUUGGACCAGUGUGAAAAGCCAUGGCCCUUGUCCAUCUUGGCCUAGGAAAUUCACAAGACUCCCCUAUCCUUACAUUUCCAGCAAGGGUCUUGGGAGAUGUCCUUCAUGACUUCUGAAGUGGAGCUGCCACUAAGAAAGAUACGGCUUGCAAAUCUUCCUCAAUUCUACCCAGAACUCUUCCAGAAGUCAAAUGACCAGGGAAUGUAGCACCAGUAGACUUUUGUGCAAUGGGGCCCUGUGUAACCUGUCUGUUGCUCAACGUCUUCUCUGCCCUCACCUCCCUGUGGCAUCAUAUGUCAUUGCUCUCUUAGGAUGACAGACAGCUUGGCAAAGGGAGGUGAAUCCCCAUAGCAUGGACAGCUGUCACGGUGCCUAACACUUUCCCUGUCUUCCCACCUCCUCCCUUCCAUGCAGGUCAUGUUAUCAUGAUGGGGGAGAAUGGGAACUUGGGCUGAAACUCUCUUUCCAGCUUGCUUCCUGGGAACAUGCUUUCUUAGAAAGGUCCCUCUCUUAGUUAUCACAAAGCAGCUUUGGUCUUGAUCAUCGACCUUUUGGAAUUGAGCAUGAAAUAGCAAGUGUGGCUAAGAAGAUCACUGUGAACAUGUGGCUGUAGAGAACCUUCCUAAAAUGCUUUUGUGAUUCCCUGGGGCUGCUCUUGGAAAUGUGUCGGGCCACUCUUCUUUGGAGGAUGAUUGAGCUGCCUGGAACCUACUCUAGCUACCCAGGAAAAAGCUGACUUUUGCAUAAGAGCAAUGCCAAGGAGCUGAAUCUUCACAAGAGAGACCAGAAAGUGGAAGAGGCUGGUCUCCAGGUGGACUGAAUCACAGAGAACAUGGUGGAGGUACUAUUGAGAUAAUUCACGACCAAUGGAUUUGGACUUAUUGCAGAUCUACAAAAGUUUCAGCUUGAAUAUCUGAAACAGCAAGUGAUUAGGCAUGAACUCUGGAGUGCAGGUGAUUGAGAACUGGGCUGAAGCACCCUCCUUUUGUGGGGUGAUGGACCUCUCAAGAUUAUACUGGCGUUCCAGUGCUUGCAUUCCUGUCCAGUAACUGUAAGAAU